AUGCUCAUAUCAGUCGGAAUAGCCAUCCAAGCAGUGUUAUUAGGAUUGGCACUCUUUACAGUUAGUCUUCGAUGCUGGACUAGACUUUACUAUGAAAGAAAGAAGCUCACUCUCUCUGAGUACUUUGCAUGCAUUGGCUGGAUCUUCGCUUUGGGAUGGUUUAUAACUUCGACAGUGUCCAUGCUUAUCCUCGUUUAUCAUCCCCCGGCAGGCCCAGAUCUUCUUAUUCCGAGUGUUGACUACCAAAAGCGAGACCCAUAUCAGACAAUUGGUAAGACUUACUCAGUGUUCUGUUUUCCAUUCUUCAUCCUCAAUCAUCUGACCUUACGGACUGAGCAGAAACUCGGCCUUGUUGGCGUCUUUUCUCUUGGUGCAAUCACGAUGUCAGUCAGUCUUGCCCGCUUUAUCAUAAGCAACGCAGCGGACUAUCAGCUUGAUUACCCAUCUGGUAAUGCACUCUGCAUGGCCGAAAUGGCGACUGCAGUUGUCGUUGUCUGUCUUCCCGGCCUGAAGAAAUUGAUUAUGCGAUCGAGAACACCUACAAACACGACAAGCCAAGGAUUCAGCUCGAAGCAGUCAAGCCCAAGUCACUCUUCCAACAUGACAGGAUCCAAGUCGAGGACUGCAUCGCAGGCUUAUGCGGAAUGGGGUGUCAUGGACGAUGAGAUUGAGCUGGCUACUCAACCCCAGAAAUCACACUUACCUGGAGAGCUACAGGACGUGGGGAAAAUACUGUAG